AUGGUCAACAUCAGCGAAGUCAAGGGCAAUUCACGCGAAAACCGAACGGCUGCGCAUACUCAUAUCAAGGGAUUGGGUCUGCGGUCGGACGGCACUGCUGAGGCCUCUGGAAAUGGAUUCGUCGGACAGGCAGCGGCUCGGGAGGCAUGUGGUGUUGUGGUUGACCUCAUAAGAGCAAAGAAGAUGUCGGGGCGAGCAGUACUGUUGGCCGGCGGACCAGGUACUGGCAAGACUGCUCUCGCUUUGGCAGUGUCUCAAGAGUUGGGUACCAAAGUGCCUUUCUGUCCGAUCGUGGGAAGCGAGAUAUACUCGACUGAAGUCAAGAAGACAGAGGCACUGAUGGAGAACUUCAGACGUGCGAUUGGACUUCGAGUGCGUGAAACCAAAGAAGUCUACGAGGGCGAAGUCACAGAGCUCAUCCCCGAAGAAGCAGAAAACCCUCUGGGAGGAUUCGGGCGCACUAUUUCCCACCUUGUCAUCACCUUGAAAUCGGCCAAAGGUACAAAGAAACUGCGUCUAGACCCUAGCAUAUACGAAGCGAUCCAGAAAGAACGUGUUGCCGUUGGAGACGUCGUCUACAUUGAGGCCAACACAGGCGCAUGCAAAAGAGUCGGAAGGUCAGAUGCAUACGCGACAGAAUUCGACCUCGAGGCCGAAGAAUACGUACCUGUGCCCAAGGGUGAGGUGCACAAGAAGAAAGAAGUGGUGCAAGAUGUGACAUUGCAUGAUCUCGACAUUGCAAAUGCACGACCUCAAGGUGGCCAAGAUGUUAUGAGCAUGAUGGGCCAGCUUAUGAAGCCCAAAAAGACCGAAAUCACCGACAAACUUAGAGCAGAAAUCAACAAAGUGGUCAGCAGGUACAUUGACCAAGGAGUUGCAGAGUUGGUCCCCGGUGUGCUCUUCAUCGACGAGGUCCAUAUGCUCGACAUCGAAUGUUUUACAUACCUCAACCGUGCUCUGGAAUCCCCCAUCGCCCCCAUCGUCAUCCUCGCCUCGAACCGAGGUAACACCAUCAUCCGUGGCACUGACGACAUCUCCGGUGCCCAUGGUGUCCCUCCGGAUCUCCUCGCGCGGCUCCUUAUCAUCCCCACACACCCUUACAACGCCUCCGAGAUUCAGACUAUCAUCCGGCUACGUGCGAAGACCGAGGGUGUGGUUAUCUCAGAAGCUGCGAUUGAGAAGGUAGCCUUGCACGGCACCACCGUCUCGCUCCGUUAUGCACUGCAAUUGCUCACGCCCUCGAGUAUCCUUGCAAAGGUGAAUGGUCGGACAGAAAUUAGCCCCGCUGAUGUGACUGAAUGCGAGGAUCUGUUUAUUGAUGCUAGGAGGAGCGCAAAGGUCGUUGAGGGCGCGGGCGACGCUUUCAUCAGCUGA